GUAAUAUUCACUGCCUGUUUUUCUUCUCCGUACAGUCUCUCUUACUUUACGUCAACGUAGAGAGGCGGUGCGACGCCGUAUGCCAGUUUUUCAUUUCUUUAUUACAAAUUAUCUGAUUCCUUUCUAAACUCGUUCCUAUUCUUCACAUAUGAAUUGCCAAUUUCUCCCAAAGCGUCUGGCUCAUAUAUUCUUGAAUAUUGUUUGGGGAAUAAUUCAUUUUCAGAUAGUAUUAUUCUAAUUUAUUUUUCCUGGUGCAACUAUUCUGUUUACAGAGUCUUGAAUUUCGGGCUCUUUUUCCUUCAGGAUGAAAGGAAGCUUCUAUGGAUUGAGGGUGAAAGAACUCUCUCUUAUUACUAUUAUUCUUAUGUGUGUGACCAUCGUUAUAUGGACAUGGGAGAAAACCCCAAGUCUUGGUUCAUUUGUCCCUCCCCAAACCCGCUUGCAAUUAUCUACAGAAAUUCCCCGUGCUGCUCCUAUAGCUGAAUUGGUAUCUUCAGAGACAGAGGUAUACGAGGGCAAAGUCGAAACUAAAUUUGCAGGAAAGCUACCUGAAAAAGAAGAAAAACUGUUUGAUGUAGCUGCUCCAGUAGGAUAUACAAAAACAUCUCCAAAGAGCAGUGAGACUGGUGGAAAUAUGCAAUCAAUACCUACUGAAAAUAAUGAUGAAGCACGAAGUGCAAAUUUAGUAGAACCAGUAGCCUCGUCAUAUACAAGUUCAUUAGUUGAAAAGGAUGAUGGAAAUUUGACCGUUCAUGGGGAAAAGCAAGAUUGCAAUUAUGCAAAAGGAAAAUGGGUUAUAGACCAUAAGCAGCCUUUAUAUUCCGGAUUUGGUUGUAAGCAGCACCUUUCAGGGAUGUGGGCUUGCCGGUUGACACAGCGCACAGAUUUUGCAUAUGAGAGUAUCAGGUGGCAGCCGAAAGAUUGUCAAAUGGAAGAAUUUGAAGGGUUAAAGUUCUUGAGAAGGAUGCAGGACAAAACUUUAGCUUUUGUUGGAGAUUCAUUGGGCAGACAGCAAUUCCAAUCUCUAAUGUGCAUGAUCACAAGUGGUAAUGAGAGCUUUGAAAUUGUCAAUGUGGGAAAGGAGUAUGGAAUAGCUCCAGCUCUUGGUGAUAGCCGUCCUAGUGGAUGGGCACAUCGGUUCCCAAUCACCAAUACUACCAUCCUAUACUACUGGUCAGCAAGCCUCUGCGAGAUAGAGCCUCUUGAUAAGACGAACCCAGCAACAGAUUAUGCCUUGCAUCUUGAUCGGCCGGCUACAUUCUUACGCCAAUUUAUUCACAAAUUUAAUGUCCUGGUUCUCAACACAGGGCAUCAUUGGAAUCGUGGCAAAUUUAAGGCUAACCGCUGGAUAAUGUAUGUUCACGGUGCACCAAACACGGAUAAGAAAACACAAAUGAUUUGGAAGGCCAAGAAUAUAACAGUUCAUAGUAUUGUGAGUUGGGUGAACUCGCAGCUGCCAAAGUAUCCUGGCUUAAAAGUCUUCUACCGAACCAUCUCACCUAGGCAUUUUGUUGGUGGGGAGUGGAACACUGGGGGUAGCUGUGACAAUACCAUUCCAAUGUCGGUAGGAAAGGAAGUAUCACAAGAUGAAUCUAGUGAUGAGGCUGCCGCAUCUGCAGUGAAGGGAACAGGGGUGAAGCUCUUGGACAUAACAGCACUCUCGCAGCUUAGAGAUGAAGCUCACAUAUCUAGGUUUAGCAUUACCGCAAAACCAGGAAUGCAAGAUUGUCUGCAUUGGUGUUUACCAGGUGUUCCAGAUACGUGGAACGAAAUCCUUUUCGCACAAAUCUAGUUCCCUUGUAAUUGAUGCUGGAUGAGAUUGGCUUCCACGAUGCUGGAUGAGAUUGUCUUCCACGAUGCCUCAAACAGGUAAAAAGGGCACACUGAUUAAAUGCAAUGUUCAUGCUGUAGGACAUUAUGACUAUACGCAGGAUAGAAAUCACUCACUAAGAAUUCCAUAGUGAAAGGAAUUGGCAAUCAAAUGGUUCUAGAGUGAUUCUUUUAUGUAGUAUGGACCAUAUGAGCUCUUAUGGUGACCACGUAACUAGAUUCAGUCUCUUGAAUGGUAGUAGGUUAGCCUUACACAUUAUUGCUUUUUUGGUGGUGUGGUUCAUCGAUUUAGUGUUAUAGAGGGAAGCACCGAUAUGAAUUGCUUGAGGAGGCCAUUGAAAGUGAAGUUGAGCUUCUCUGCAAAUGACUGUAAAAGUGCUAAUGGGGGAAGCGAAGAGAGACCACGGUAUGAACUUUUUUAAUUUAUUAAUUUUUGUUAAGGAGAAGGAAUUAGGAUCAGAAAUACAGGUUUUAAGUUUUGGGGGUUCUGGAGUCGGUUUGGGGCUCUGUCUGUGGAUGAUUAAACACAUAAAUGAAAUCCAAAAUAAACUAUAAUGUACUUAUGAUGUGUAUUCUAUAUAUGUCUGUUAUAUGUGCUUUAUGGUUUGAACAA